AUGGAUGGGCAACCUGCAGACAUUUGCACUGAGCCACAGGCAAUGGGGCAGGAUGUGCCAAAACAAGAGUACAACCACAGAAUGAUGGCCUUCCUCAGAGUCCAAUUGGACAAGGUGCAGGACCUGGAGGUGCCACCGAAUGCAUCUUCUGAGGAACUGGAGACUUUCUCCUUGAUGCUGGGACAGGCAAGGAGACUCCUCACAAAGCACACUGAGCCCUUUGACAUAACGAAUUUUUAUAAGAUCGAGGACGCACAGAGGGCUGUUGAACAAAUCUGCCAAAUCCUCAAGGGAACAGCUCAGGAGUGGGGACUACAGAUUGGUGCUGGCAUUGAAGACACAAUUCCGCAGGAGUGUGUGGAUGUGGACAAACGACACUUGCAUGGAUUGCUUGCUUACAUCCUCAAGGAGGACAGUUCAAGCCCAAAAUCCCAGCAUGGGCAGCUUUGGGAGGAGAUAAAGCUCCGAAACAAAGAGAGGUUGAGGUUUCUGCAGGUAAUCAAUGAAUCAGAGCUGUGCAUUGGGCAAAAGCUUGGCGAAGGCGGCCAGGGCACUGUUCACGAGGCUACAUGGAAGGCUGCAAAGGUGGCCGUGAAGAAACCUGUGGGUUACUCCCCCCUGUCCAUAGAGGACUUUGCUGGACUCACCAAGGAGGCUGCCUUGCAUGCAAAAUUGAGGCAUCCGAACAUCGUCAGUUUGCAUGCCGCUACCCCAUCGGGGUUCCUUGUGAUGGAGCUUGCUACCACUGACUUGAAAACUUUGUGCCAAAAGAAGGGCUUCCUUUCUUGGCCUGUGCAGUUGAGACUUCUCUUGCAGGCUGCCUCUGCUCUCCACUAUGUUCACAGCCAAGACCCUGUCCUUGUGCACUCGGACGUGAAGAGCUCCAAUUUCCUGAUCUUCGGGACAGACCCAGAGACCUUCACUGUGAAGAUCACAGACUUUGGCUUGGCCUUUGAGGUGGCGGAUGCCAGAAGCAAGACCGUUAGGCUGGGGGGGGGCACACCUGAGUGGUUUGCACCUGAGAUCUACUAUGGCAAGCCGGUGACGCCAGCCUCUGACGUCUUCAGCUUUGGUGUGGUCAUCUAUGAGCUCGUAACGGGACAGCACCCCUAUGGGGUGGGCCUCACAGACCGGCGCUUGGUCCAGCCAGUUGUCAUGAAUAAAAAGCUCAAUCGUGAGGAACCCUGCCAUGUGGAUCCACAAGAAUGUCCUGAAGGUCUACUAGAACUGAUGAGAGACUGCUGUGCCUAUGACCCGAAGCAACGGCCAGCGAUGGAUGAGGUGUGCAGUCGCCUGGAAGGGCUGCCCAAGGAUUGGAGGCCCUCAAGCGAGAUCCAGAAAGUGGUAAGAUGCUAUUACCGUAAGUUGUUAAACCCUUCUGCAUAG